AUGCCAAAGUUGAAUCCAGUUUGCGCUAUGGUGAAUAUCCCUAACACGGUGCAACUUUGCUAUUUAUCGGGUAAUUUGGUGCUAUCUGAUGAAUGCUGCAACGAUCUCCAAUCCGCGAGGACGAGAAAAGUGACUUGUCUCUGCGACAAUAUCAUUGCGCAUCCUUCGAAUGCUAGUUUCACCCAAGCUCUCUUUGACGCAGUCCACACGGUUUGUGACGUUCUUGAUAAAUUCGCCUGUACAGGUAUUUAG